UUCCGUCAGCUUGUGAACCUCAUCGAGCACGUGGAUUGCUGAGGAGACUACUAUAGAUGCCAUCGGGCACGAUGCGAAUCGGUGGUGUUGAAAUCAGAUGAAGCUGUAUCGCGUCAUCAGAUAGAGGACGCACUGCACCACCCCUGCCGAUGUCUGCUCGAUCGCUGGCAUCACAAGAGCGCUCAAGACCCCACCAUAAAGAGCAGGCUCUGGCGUCAUCUAGAACUUGUAGGUCGUCAGCACUCAAGCAAGCAGCCGACAUGUCACUGACACGCAUACUGUCCCACAGCCGAGAGAAGACCCUACCGUGCUUUCUAUGCAAUUGGGUCUUGGAAAAGUCCAACCUUUCCCAGUAUCUCCACCAUCGGCGAGUGCAUGGCGCAGAAAUGACGGCGAAGAGGACGGCAGGGUCGAGGCGGUCAGAAGCUGCGGCGGUAGCAGAAGCGAGACGGUUGAAGGCUCGGCAGAAGCAGCAGGGUUACAACACUCGCGAUACGUUGGGCAUGUGGGAGGGUGAGAAGUUCGCCGAGGCCAAGCUGGAGGCCCUGUCCGUCACAGGCCACCAAAAUCCCACUGAUGACGAACCACAGCUUUUAGAAGAGUGCGUAAAUGACCGCAACACUGGAAAAGGAUGUUAUAGUUUCGGGCCUAGUUUUCUACCCAAUGAUCUUGGAGUAGGCAUGAGAAGCAUAGCAGUGCGGUGCAUGGCAUGAAUCCAGAUAUGCUCAUCACAGUGGACAGCGAGAUGAGCUUGAUGAAUGCAACUUCCUUUGCACAAGGACAUCCAGUCAUCUGGACGUUCACCCAUCGGGUAGAAUGUCGAACCAUAGAUAAACACUUAUACCCAGCAGUCCCCGUUUUUCGAACUACCCAAAAGUGCCUCCGCAUCGCGGUUAUCAGAAACCAAAACU